UUAAUCAUGUGAUCAUGUUGCGUAACGACAGGAAAGCCGAAGAUGUUAGAGUUACACGUAUUUAGGCAUGUGGAACUUAUCACUGAGAAUAAAGAAUUGGGAGCAUCUAGUCAACAUAACUUUUGUUGUUAGUUAAGUGCAUUAGAGAGAAGAGAGCUAGAAAGAGGAGACGGUUAGUAACAUUUGCUUCUUGAAAACAUGCCGCAGGAAGCCGAAAAUGCAGCCCCAGAGAUACUCCCGCUGUUGAGAUCGCUGAACAGCCGCCGAGAAGUUCAGGUUAUAUUUUGCAACCGAAGCCCUCGCUCAGUCCGACCGGUAUGGAUAAAUUUUAAGGGGGAAUCUGCCCCUUACCCAAUUUUGCAGCCUGGUACUGGCCGAAUAAUAACGACUUACGUGGGCCAUCCAUGGAUGUUCAGAGAUUCGGAGAAAGACGAGCCAAUGAUGGUUAACGGGAAGGAACUGUUUUGCCAGAAGGCCCCGGGAAAUGCUCAGGUUUUUGUGAACAUCACGCUGCCAGUCUUGAGCUUGAAGGAGCGCUGUCUCCAAGUGGUCCGCCAUCUUGUCAAGCCAGAGGACUACAGGAAGCUGGAGAUUGCUCACUGUCUUCAUGAGGACCUUGAGGACCAGCCUAGUGUGCAGAAGGACAUGCGGCGGAUCUCCCGGAGGUUGGAGCAGCAGCUUCACCAGGACAGGGAGAUCCAGCAGACUUGAUGCUGGCUUUGUGCAGCUAUGUAUGCAAUAAAUAACAAUGAGAGUGGUUACUGUAGUGCUGGAGACACAUUGAAAUGUGAAAAACAUGGAAGACGGACUGAGAUGUGAUGAUAGAUAUGCUUUAUUAUGCAUUAUAUGCAUAUGCAGAAAUGUAUAUACUAUCCUUCCUGGCUUAAUGUUGUCAGUCUCCUUUAUUGAACAGUAAAAUGCACAGCUUAGUACUAUUCACCCAUCACAGAGACUAGUGCAAUUAAUCUUUUUAAUUAGCCUAAAUUAAUUUAUUUUUAAUAGUUUUUUUUCUUUUACACUAAACAAAAUGGAUACCAAAAACUGUGAAUUUUCUGCUUAUUUGUAUAUAUUUCUGGAAUACAGUAUGUUUUUGGAGUUAGGGAAUGUGUUAGAUGGUGUUACAGUAAACCAUUCUGAAUGAUUAUGCUCAUGUCUUUCAGUACAUCCCCGGAUUGUGGAAUUUUGGUUUAUAUAUGCUGAGAUACUUGGGCUUAAUAUGUGUAUGUGUCACCCCGACCCUGUUAAGAAACUGCCUUCCCCCUUUGACAUAUCUUACAAUCCCUGGAUGGUAGUCAGACUACACUUUUGAAGGAUCAUUAUUGACAGUGUAUAGAUUGGAUAUGCUGCUGAUAUGAUGUAAAAACUACUGAGAUGUAAGCAAGCUCUGAAUGUCUUUGGACAGCAGGGUUAAAUAAGACUGCAUUAAGUACUAUGUGCAUUUUUAAGUGAUUUUACUGCUGUGAUUUUAACACAUCUGCUAUUAUAGUAUAAAUGACGCACUAUCAGGCUGUGUAAUGGCUUAUACUAGGGUGGUUGAUGUCAGAUAAACGGUCUCACUGAGAAUUUCUGUUAUUCUGACCUGGUACGCAGUAGGAGUUCUUCCAUUUGAGCAGAUUCUAAUUUUUAUACUUUCUUCAGACAGAAAAAUGCUAAACACAAAAUGUAGGAAGAGGUCUUUGAUUUAAAAUGAUUUCUUCAUCCAUUUUCAGGCUGAGGUUGCCUCUACAAAUUAUGUAAAGUGUAUGGACAGAGAGAAAGAAGAGUACCUUGUUUCACCAAAGAUUUUUUUCUUUCAUCAUGUAGAAAUUUGUUGUUCUUAAGAAAUCUUUUGAUUAAAUCUGAAAUCACAA